AUGGGCGUCGCUGAGGUUGCCGACUGCCAAACAUUCACACACGUGUCCGAUCAGCAGCCCAGCAGCAGCAGCAACACCAGCAGCGACACCCACGCCCUAGCCCGGGGCGUGGGCGGCCUGCUUGCCGCGCCUGGUGAGGGCGCAGGCGGCGAGAAGCUGCCUGGCCAGGGGCAAAGCGCCCCCGCCAAGGCUGGGGGGCGUGACGUUUCCCAGGACGACCAGCCCGACCAAAUGCAGGUCGAGCAGCAGCAGCCGCUGCCGCCACAGCAGCAGCAGCAGCAGCAGCAGCAGCAACAGCAGCAGACGCAGCAGCCAACCCAGCCGCCGCCGCCGCUGCAGCAGCAGCAGCAGCAGCAGCAGCAGCACGAGCCGCCGCCCGCCGCGCGCGGCCGCGGCGCGCGCUACGACGGCCCCCUCUGGGCCGCGGAGGUCGUCGGCCGCCGCGUGGCCAUCCUGCGCUGCGCCCGCGGCGGCGGCCGCGGCAGCUGGUGGGACAAGGCCAGGGUCGUGGACUACGACGGCGCCACGCGGCAGCACAAGCUGGUCUACCUGUCGGACGGCCGCACCGAGGAGUGGCUGCAGCUGUCGGACGUCAAAUUCAAAUGGGAGGGCGCGCCGCCGCCCGGCGAGCCGCCGAACCCGACGCACCGGCCGGAGUUCGCCGGGCACGCGGCGGCGGGGCGGCGGCUGCGGAUCUACUGGCCGGCGAUGCAGCGGUGGUACAUAGGGGACGUCAAGUCGUUCGACCCGAUCUCGGAUCGCCACAAGAUCUGGUACAGGGACGGCGACUCGCAGGACCUGUGGCUGCAUCACGAGCCUGUGCAGUGGCUGGAUGACGAGGACGCUUUCGCGGCGGCGGCGGCGUCAUGGCCGCGGGCGGGCGCGGCGUCCCCGGCCGAGGCGGCGGCGCUGAUAUCACGAGCCUUUCCGGGGGGCGCCGCGGGCGCGGGCGGCGGCGGGGCCGGGUUUGGCGGCGCGGCGGCGGGUGUCCUCGGGAAGCAUGCGCGCGCGGACGCGGCCGGCGGCGGCGGCGCGGGGCCGCCCAAGCGGCCGCGGCCGGCCGGCGUGCUGCCGUCGCCGCGCAUCGGCGGCGGGGCGCUUGCGUGCCUGCAGCAGCAGCACCAGCAGCAGCAGCUGCUGCUGGCGGCGGCCGCGCCGCCGCCGGGGGCGUGCAUGGUCAGCCACCCGGGGAAGCCGUCGCUGGUGGGCUGCCGGGUGUCUGUGUUUUGGCGGAGUGACAAGCUGUCAUACAGGGGCAAGCUGGCCAGCUACAGCCCCACCAGCGGGAAGUUCACAGUCCGGUACGACGACGGCCAGUCCGAGCAGCUGCACGUCGAGCGGGAGCGCGUGCAGUGGCACGCGCCGCGCGCGGCGAGUGCGGGCUACACCCCAGAGCGCCACGCGGCAAUGGCGGCGCUGGGGGUGCAGGGCGUCGCGCCGGCGCCGGUGCCGCCGCCGCCGCCCGCGGAGCGGCCCGCCGGGCAGCCGGCGCCCGGCGCGGCGGCGGAGAUGGUGGGGUGGCGGGUGGCGGUGUGGUUCGGUGCGGACGGCAGCUGGCAGGAGGCCGAGGUCCUGGCUCAUGACGCGGCGCGCAGCUUGCACCACCUGCUAUAUGCAGACGGCGAGCACGAAUGGGCCGACCUGGCGCACGAGGCGCUGACCUGGCAGCGGCCGCCGCAGGCCGAGGGCGGCGCCGCGUGCGCGGGCGUGUUCAAAGCCGAGGACGCUCCCAAGGGGCGUGAUGCCGUGGGGUGGCGCGUGGCGCUGUACUGCCGCGGGGGCGGCUCUUUUGCAGAGGGCCAGGUGGUGGGGUAUGACCCCGCAUCAGGGCAGCACAGGUGCGUGUGA